UAUAUUCAUCACCGCCACACGCCACACUGUCUCCGCCCCCAUGGGGAAAUACUCGAUCCGAUUGGUGGAGAACUUCCUCUUGUCUCUUUUUAAGAUAAUGAUUGGUUUUAACCCCUAACUGGUUUCUCAGCGCGCAAAUUAAACUUUUUUUUUUUUUUAAAGUCAGUCCUCUAAGCGAGAAAAUUACUUGUAUGUUCUGCUUGGCUUUAAAGAAUACCUAUACAGAACAGCUAGGACUUAACAGAAAUUCGACAGUAGUGGUUGAAGCGCAGGAGUUGAAGAAACUGUCCCGGCGGUCGUGUUUACGGUUUUUGUAAGCGGCUUAUCGCCAGCGCUUUCUGCUAAUAUAAGUUACUUUGUGGCUGAGUUCCGUAAAAUUGCGAAGACUUCAUCUAAGACGCGUGAUAUUCCAUAAAACCGUCAACCAACUAAAUUGUCAAGAUGCUCCAAAGCGAUAACUGGAUAAUCUUAAAACUUAAAUUUUCCUUACCGGGGUUUUUGCCCCACAACGUGAGUUAGCUUUUUGCACCUUUAUUUUUUAUUUUUCUUGGGACAACAAAGUCAUUAGACAUGAUCCUUACCGACGGGGAUUCUGGCAAUAAUUUGACGUCUGCUGCGGCGAAGGGAGAUAUAACAGCCGUAAAAAGAAUGUUGGAAGAGGAUGGAGUUCAUCCUGAUGCAGUUAAUGGAUUCGGCAGGACCGCUCUGCAGGUGAUGAUGAUGGGCAGUAGGAGUGUGGCUCUGCUUCUGCUUGAGCAUGGCGCCAACGCCAAUGUGCGGGACCAGCAGGGCAUCACCCCAGCGCACGACGCCGCUCGGACCGGCUUCACUGACACUUUGAGUGUUCUGGUGCAAUUCGGGGCCUCAGUCAACGUGCCCGACCACAGCGGUGCCCUGCCCAUCCACGUCGCCAUCCGGGAGGGUCACACGGCCGCCGUGGAUUUCUUAGCCCCGCUCUCGGACCUGGGCCACCGCGAUCACAACGGCCACACGGCGCUGGAUCUGGCCCGGGCUCGAUCUUCGGAUGUUGCGGAGAUACUGGAGCGUCAUUUGGACUCCAGGUUAACCUAGUCCUCCUGACAUAUUGGUCAGCCAUUUGUGCCACACACACUUUAAAAUGUGUUUAAAGGCAAAAUAAACGUCACAAUGUCAUUUUAAAAUGUCAAUAAAGUGGAAAGCUACUGAUUAGAUAUUGUUUCGAUUAAUAUCCGUUACAAAUGUAUUGGUUUUAACUCGUUUUAAUGUAUCUAUUUUCAUUGCCAUGUUUCUGAAAUGAAAUAUUUGCCUUUAAGAUGUGUGAUUAAUAGAAAAUGUGAUUUUUUACUUUAUUGUAAUGCCUAAUUAUUUAUUUGAAUUAUUUAUUAAUCGAUGUAUAUUUGUUAAACUACGUAUUUAUAAGUUUUGUAUGAUAAAUUUUAUAGUUGGAUCCUUGUAAAGUGUUUAUUUUAAGCUUUGUGAAAAAUGAAUUAUUUACCUAACAACUUUUAAAACUUCCAGUCUUUGGCCUUGUGUGUAGCUAUGUGGUUUGAAUUUAAAUAACCCUGCAAAUAUUCCAUCGGUUAUUUAAAGAUACCAUGAGAAUAAAUGAUCU